CGGACUCUAUGAAAGAUAUUAAUGUUUUCUGUGAGAUAUUAACAUUUUAAUACUGUUUUGAAAGUAAAAAUUUAUCGCAAACGCAAAGUUCGCACCAAGACUUUCAAACUGCCUAAACACAGAAGAGUGUAACGCAAACGGUGAAUUGCGGUCAGCUAACAGUUACCAGUCACGGGAAUGUUGGGUUUGAAACAGAGAACCGGACUGUCUGCGGGUUUAUGAGCUUCACUGGCGGACACACAGUUUCUUUAACCAGGGCUAGACACGAUGUCCCAGGUCAAAGCCAAAAAGAAACUGCAUUAUUAUCAAGGACAUGAAAUAGUCAAUUCUGAAUUCAAGAUCGAUAAUGUUUUGACCCUGCAUGACAUUGACAAUCUCUUCGAUGACAUUGAUGCUGACUCUGAGCGGGGUUUGCCUCUGCUUUCUCCCUUGCCCAAAAGCACUGAUGUGAAUAGUCAGAAGAAAAGUGGAAGUUCUUCUAAUCCAGAAAAGAUGAAGGCAUCAUCUAAACAAGUGCCCAAGGAUGCUUUAAUCCAAGAAAAUGGCAUUCAAGAGGAUGAAAUGAUUGAUAAAGAGAGUCCACUUAAAGAAAUCCAUCCACAAUUUGAAACUGUGGAUGGAGUCAGACCUGUUGCUGAUCCUCUUCUCUUUGUUGAGGAUGACGAACCCAUUGGUGGAGACUUAAGCAAGGCGUCCUGCACUCAGCAAUCAGAACCGUUCAAGGAAUCCCUCUAUGGGGAUAGCGGGUCUCUGGCAUCACCACCGGAAAGGCUUGAGUUUAGAAAAACUACUAAAUCAAAUGCUGGUUCCUUAUCAAGGGAUAAAGAUCCAAGCCAACUUUCUCCUGUUUUGGUUCAGAAGAGUGAAACAAAACUUCAGGAGGCGGAGCAAUGCAAGAAUCAGGUGGUGGAGGAUCCAGGCAAAGGAUUGUCUUUCCAGCACAAGCUUAAAAAGGCCUUGAUGCUUAAAUCCCCAUGGAAACAAGGAGCAGUUCCAGCUCCUCCACCUGCAGAUUUAGAGGAGGAUUUCAUGAUCCUAGAUGAUGAGGCUCCUGUUCUUUUUGUCAUUCCUCGCAAGGCGGAGGUCACCAGGAACAAAAGACCUGUCCCAACAGACACCGCAAAGGAGAAUGUUCUUACAGAGCCACACUCUACAGAUCAGCUCUCACAGAGUGAAACAUAUACAACAAAUCACCAUGGGAAGGAUGAUAAAAGAAACACAGUGCAAAUUGAGUUUGGUAUACCAAAAAAAACGAAAGGAAAACGUGGAAAAGCCUCUAAAAAGAGUGGCAAAGACUCUGUGACUCAUGAUAGUGUUGAGGAUGGAGCAGACCUUGCAACUGAAACACUGGAGGACAGAGUUUCUGAUCAGACCUCUUCUCAAACUGUACAGGGACACAAAACAGUGCCAACAGGAAAGAAACGUGCAAACAGAAAGGCACCUGAGCCAGCUGAGCUUUCUGACAAAGAUGAAACAAAUACAGGUGGCAGCCAAGAAAACCCAGUUACUGAGUCUAGAGCCACAAAGAAAUCCUCAAAGUCAUCGAAACAGGAGAGACCAGGGCCAAAAGCUAAGAAGGAAUUCAGUAAAGACACUGCUGCAGCAGAUCAUCACUCCACAAAAUCCAACAAAAAAAGAAAGAAUGACAAAAAUGAGGAAACUGCCCCUAAGACAAAGAAACAAACUUCUAAACAACAAAUAGUGUUGGAACAGAUAGAUGCUUCCUGUGAGGAGCAAGAGCAUGAACCUUUACCUGCCCUCAAUGAGCAAGAGGAGGAACAAACGACAGCUGUGAAUAAACAAUCUUCACACAAGGAAGACGCUGUGGAUUCAGGCAAAAAGCAGAAGAGAAAAGAGACAAAAAGUGUGGAACCAAAACCAAAGGAUCCACCAACAAUAGCAUCUGACAUUUCUUCAGACAGUCCUAUGUGUGGCAGGAGGACGAGGAGAUCUCCAGGAGAGUGGUGGCUCACUAGCCCGAAUGAAAGUACCACAGAGCCUCAGCCAAAGCAAGUGUUGGUUACGGCACAAAGGCGGAAAGCCAGUACUAAAGCAUCAACAAAGCAAGCAGCUGCUGUUGAUUCUGAGGAAACAGUGUCUAUCAGGCCUGCUCAGGGGAAUCAGAAGAAGCAGAAAACUCACAAUCUGUUGGACAGUGCUAAAAAGGCAAUAGCAGGUGACGAUGGACAUAAUGUUGGAGCUGAGCAGAAGACUGCUAAGAAAACAGGUGGUCGAAGGAAACCAAAAUCAGCAGCCACUCAACCUCAAAUGGCAUUGCCAGAAGAGGAAGUGGGAGCUUGUCCGAAUGAGAAUGAUGUAGAAAUUAGUCCAGAAUUGUGUUGUCCUAACAGACAGCACAACGUCCUACCAGGUGAGAAGAGAGUGUUUGACUGGGUCUACUCGCAUGAAACUGGAUCUGCACAGAAACAGACUUCAUCUUCUCUUAGAAAACCAGACAGUUCUGUACCAGACAACGUUCCACAGAAAAGACAAAGAAAAGCUCCUUCCAAUUGGUGGGAGGCGCCGCAGUCUCAGGAACCAGCCGAUGGGCUUCCUACACCUCACAGGCCUCCUCCACAAAAGUCUGAACUAACAAAUACUCCUCUUCGUGGUGUGUUUAAUAAGGACGGAAAUUCAAUGAAAUCACAAAAAACAGAGAAUCAUGCCAGGAACCUAAAAAGAAACAUUACCAACCCAUCAAAGUCAAUCAAACGAUCUUUAGCCUCAAUGAAUGCCAUUUUUGAUUCUCAAAAACCUGAAAACUUGGUAAAAAGUGGACUAAGGUGCAGGAAACAGGGACGCAGAAACCUCCUUCACUCUCUUGAGGACCAGUCAGAUCACUCGAGUGAGAAUAUGGCCCAAAAUGAUGAUCAGCUGCAGGGAAAUGGUCGUGCCUCCUUUGGCAUAACCAGUGGUGUUACCGUGGAGCCGUCAGGGACCAGAAACAAAACAACUGUCCGAGUAUCCAGUGGACCCAACACGUUAUCUGAUGUUGACGUUGCUUUCAGAAGUGGGCCGUCAUCAAUGCUUGAGCUUCAGCGACAUGAUGAAGAGGAUGAUGAUAUUGAUUUGCCAUCGUCUAGAGUGAUGCUGUCGCCGAGAGUGACACCGCAUGAGCCACUGGCUCCACGGGUGUUGGCGCAGUGUGAUCUCUGUGGGCCUCCACUGCAGCCUAUUGUCCUGGAGGAAGAGGAUUGGAACAACCUGCACAAGUGGUUCUCUCACCUGUGGCCCCCAGCCUCUAAAGAUGGGAGAGUUAUUAGUCCUGAUGACUUCCACUGGCACUCCCAUGGAGGCCGAGCAAUGGGCCACGUGGUUGACCUCCAGAGCCACUCUUUCUCACAUGGAAAGAUUCUGCUGGGGUCGUUCAUGAAGAAACCCUCACAGGUGGACCUUGAUACGGUUUCUGUAUUCAGCAUUAUCUCAAGUUGUGUGCGUGUUGAUAUUGAUGGUGUAAGGUCAGUCUACAAUUCUGGACAAGUGUUUAUGAUACCCUCUGGACAUAUGUAUAGCAUCCAAAACCUCUGUCAGGAGCCUGCAGUGCUGAUUUACCACAGUCAAAUGACACAGAGCUGAUUGACAUUGUGCAGUCAGCCUGGCCAGCAGAUACAGGAUCAUAUCUCUCUUCAUCUUUUAAUCGCUCUGACAGCUAACUUGAGUGAUUGCUCUGACCUGUGGUUUGGCCCAGGGACUCGUUUCUUCGAAUCAUGUAAGGUCUAUUUUUACUCCAGCUGUAGCUGUUUGCCCUAUGAACCCCCUUCCUAUUAUCUCAAACAAUUUUGUCUAUAACCAACAUGUGC